GGUAAGCAAGCUAGCUUCCGGGCGAAGCAGCGAUAUAAGAGUAGAUAGAGUAGUAUAUUUCACUUAAAAACUGCCUCGACAUAAAAGUUAGUACGCCGAAGUUUAUUCUUCGGGAAUAAAAACAUUUUGUUUUGUUUUAGUUUCGUUUCGCGGUUGUUUCUAGUCGCUAGCUUCGGGGAUUAGCAUUUUUAGCUAAUUAAAUCCCGACUAGUGUCUGCUACCUCUGCGAGCAGAUGACGAGAGAUAACAGUCGAGGAAGGAAAUUAUUAACUAAUGUUUAGAACGGCUGAAAAUGAAAGCAGCCUCGGAGUUGUGUUCGUCUGGUUCUGCUGUGAGAACAUGAGAGGUUCCGUUGCGUUGGAGUAAACCCAUAAGGCGGUUCGGCGCCGGGUUCAGUCCAGACCUCACCGGGACGGAAACGUUGCGGCGUGUUUGAUGGAGCGGACCGGAAUCAUGACAUGAGGACGGACGUCAGCAGCUCCACGGCUCGGGAACUGGGGCGACAUUGGACCCGCACGCGGGACGCGGAACCGCUCGCGCUGUUUUGGACAUGUGUGGAUUCUUGGGACGAGAUUCUGUGUGACAGUUCGGCGGAGGUUCGGCCGUUUCCAGACUGGAGUUGUCUCCUGUAACCGGAUGGUGUCUGCUCGUAGCAGCUGUCGGCUUUGGGCUGUGCUCCAGUGUACAUAUUUACAGAGCGACCGGCCGGGGAUCGAACUAUAGUUGAGUUUGGGAUCUUCCACACGAUGGCAGUCGGCUUGUUGCUGCUCCUGACGGCUUUGUGCGGCCUCGGACAGGCCAUGACUCCGGAGGAGAAGCAGAGGCUGAGGAACCAGGUGGUGGAGAUGUUUGACCACGCCUACCAGAACUACAUGGACCACGCUUACCCGGCAGACGAGUUGAUGCCCCUCACCUGCAGAGGUAGAGUUCGUGGUCGUGAACCCAGUCGAGGAGAUGUGGACGACGCUCUUGGCAAGUUCUCUCUGACCCUCAUCGACACUUUGGACACUUUGGUCCUCCUGAAUAAGACGACUGAGUUCGAGGCGGCGGUGAGGCGCGUCCUGUCAGACGUGCGGCUGGACAACGACAUCGUGGUUUCUGUCUUUGAAACCAACAUCCGAGUCCUGGGAGGCCUGCUGGGGGGUCACUCCAUGGCCGUGAUGCUGAAGGAAGGCGGGCAGCACAUGCAGUGGUACCAGGACGAGCUCCUGCACAUGGCCAAAGACCUGGGGCUCCGCCUCCUGCCGGCGUUCAACACGAGCAGCGGCCUGCCGUAUCCCAGGGUCAACCUGAGGCACGGCGUGAGGGGUCCCGAGACGCGGACGGGCACAGAGACGGACACCUGCACGGCGUGCGCCGGAACCAUCAUCCUGGAGUUCGCCGCUCUCAGUCGCUUCACGGGAGACUCCAUAUUUGAGACUCACGCCAGGAGAGCCAUGGACUUCCUGUGGGAGAAGAGGCAGAGAAACAGCAACCUGGUGGGAACCACCAUCAACAUCCACUCGGGAGAGUGGGUCAGAAGAGACAGCGGAGUGGGAGCGGGAAUCGACUCGUACUACGAAUACCUGCUGAAGGCCUACGUGCUCCUGGGAGACGACCUGUUUCUGCAGCGCUUCAAUAUUCAUUACGCGUCCAUCAUGAAGUACAUCAGCCAGCCUCCUCUGCUGCUGGACGUCCACAUCCACAAACCGCUGCUUCCCGCUCGGACCUGGAUGGAUUCUCUGCUGGCGUUCUUCCCCGGCCUGCAGGUGUUGAAGGGAGACAUCCGACCUGCUAUCGAGACUCACGAGAUGUUAUAUCAAGUCACCAAGAAGCACAACUUCCUCCCCGAGGCCUUCACCACGGAUUUCAGGGUUCACUGGGCUCAGCACCCCCUGAGGCCUGAGUUUGCAGAGAGCACCUACUUCCUUUUUAAGGCCACCGGAGACCCGUACUACCUGGAGGCGGGUCGCACCAUCCUGGACAACCUGAACCGCUUCGCUCGUGUCCCCUGUGGCUUUGCCGCCAUGAAAGACGUUCGCACCGGGAGCCAUGAGGACCGAAUGGACUCCUUCUUCCUGGCUGAGAUGUUCAAGUACCUCUUCCUGCUGUUUGCUGAGCCUCAGGAUCUUCCCUUUGACGUGGAGGAUUACAUCUUCACCACGGAGGCCCACCUGCUGCCUCUGUCUCUGUCCACAGCGCCGCUCUCCUCCGCCGCCGCCUCCAACAGAACGUCGGAGGAGGAGCUCGACGACUCCAACUUUGACUGGACGUGUCCAAACACGCGCCUCCUGUUUCCUGACCCCGCCUUCCCUCGCAACCUGAGAGAACCCAUCCGCAGUGCCAUCGACAAGAGCUGCCCUCGCCCCGCCCCUCACCGGGAGCCGGGAAUGGGCCGUCCUCCUCUCAGAGCUCAGGACUUCAUGGCCAACAACCCCGAACACCUGGAGCUGCUGAGGAGGAUGGGGGUCAGCCUGAUCCACCUGAAGGACGGCCGAGUGCAGCUGGUGCAGCAUGCUUCACAGGCGGUGAGCUCCGUGGCAGCAGAGGACGGAGUUCGUUUCAUGCAGGAGAUGAUGGAGCUGUCCAGCCAGCAGCAGAAGGAGCAGCUUCCUCCCAGAGCCAUCCAGAUCAUCUCACACCCGUUCUUCGGCCGGGUGGUUCUGACCGCAGGCCCGGCUCAGUUUGGCACCGACCUGUCCAAAAGCGCCACCGGGGUACGAGGCUUCAUCACCGUGGCGGAGCCUUACAGCGGCUGCUCGGACAUCACCAACGCCGAGUACGUCCAGGGCCACAUCGCUCUCCUGCAGAGAGGCCAGUGCAUGUUCGCGGAGAAGGCCCGGCACAUCCAGAAGGCCGGCGCCAUUGGAGGCAUCGUCAUCGAUGACAACGAGGGCAGCAGCAGCGACACGGCGCCCCUCUUUCAGAUGGCCGGAGACGGGCGCAGCACGGAUGACAUCACCAUGCCGCUGCUGUUCCUGUUCCACAAGGAGGGGAACAUCCUGCUGGAGGCGCUGAAGGAGUACCGGCAGGUGGAGGUGCUGCUGAGCGACAAAGCCAGGGACAGAGACGCCAUAUUCAAAGGUAAACCUCUUCCUGGCAGUCUGAUGGAGGGCAGUGCGGAUGUGAAAGACACAGAGGAGGACUGUCAAAGUGAAGCCACAAGCCCCGCCCCCUCCGAACCUGCUGGUGAGACGAGCUCAGCGGAGCCGGAGGAAGGUUCGUCUGCGCAGGCGGAAGACAGUCGUCCUGCAGAGGAAACAAGUCCUGCAGACCCACCGGCUGACCCGGCUCAGCCCAAAGACCACAGGGACUCCAACGCGCCUGAAAGUGGGCGGGACUCGAGCAGCCAGUCGGUGGAUGAACUGCUUGCCGAUUGGCAGGAAGACCUGGAGGCAUUUAAGCAGAUGGAGAAGGACGAGCUCUGACAGCCCCGGGACGGUGGGUUUACCCCGCUGGGAGGACAGAACUGGAACAGAUGUGUUUUCCCAUAAUUCCAUUCUGCAUUUGGUGAGUGUGGCAUUGCUGAUGGGAAGCUGUUUUCUUCCAGAGGAGCAGAAGAAGCCAACAUACCUGCAUCCCCGGGACCUGAAGUUGUCCUUGCAGUGCAUAGGAUGGAUGAGAGACCCGGAGUAUGAACGGGCCUCCUCGUACACUUCCUGUUUCCUCUCAUUCAUACCAAACUCAUGAGGACGCUUACGUUCUGGUCAUUUCUGAAUUCUGUUUUUCCUUCGGAGAUCACAUUCUUUCUCUCUGAUUAAUUCAUUGAUCAACUGAUUUAGCUAAAAUGCAUCGAUCGUUUGUGAGGAUAAAUUUAGUAUUUUAAUGGUUUGGGAACUGCUGGUAUGUAAACAAUGAGAUUCAGGUGGGUCGCUCUUUAGGGAUUUAUUGAACAAAAUAUCAUUUUCCUGGAAAAAAUGAAUUUAUUUGGAAGAUGUAUGGAAAAUAAAUGUAUAUAUGUAUAUGUACAGACAUGUGAUUUGAGGAUAAAGUGCUUUUUGCUCAGGUUCUGGUUCCUACAUCAAGCAGGUUUUGGACCACACGGAUGCUGACACUUCCUGCUGCCGCCACACGGGGGCGGUGUAUGACCUGUUUAUGAUGCUAACCUGUAACAAAGUCAACAAGUUUACAGAAUGAGAAUCAAUAAAGUUUUAAAAAAGA